AUGUCAGGUCAGCAAAGCAUGUACUCAGGGAACCAUUAUGUCUCUCACAGCAAGCUACAGUCGCCAUUGACAAUUCAGUGGUAUGUAUACAGUGCGGGUAUCUAUUACUAUAACUCUUAACAACGAUAAAGAGGGCAUAACACCCAUUUUUACCAUAUAUUUGGACCGAAGGACAAUGAUAAAUAAUGGCCUUAUCUCGCGUAGCCCUUUGAAGCCCAAAGCCAGCAGUCUUAAAACAAGUAAUCAGUUUUUAGCUUGGGGCGAAAUUCCGGCCUAGUGUCCAUAAUAUGGAAGUGCUAAAAAUGAAACCAUUUUAGCAUCAUUUUCUCAAACAGCCAUUGUUUGCCGGUAUUUCUCGAACAUGAAUUUUAUUCGGUAAUUUUCUUUCAAUUUAAUUUUUGCACUUUUUGAUGCUUUUGGAGCUUACAACUGCGCCGAACAAAAAUCAAUUUUUUAGCUCCACGCGCGAGGAGGUGCAACCCCAAAAACCUUUUCAAAUGGCUACACGUGUUUAGAAUUUUGCCUAAUAAUUUACUGUGAAAUUGGACUUUAAAGAGGGAAAUGGAAAAUUGAUAAGUUAAAACCCACUCAAAAUGAUGAGAAGAGAUUAACCGCGUAGUUGUACACAAGGAAAAAUUUUUCUUCCAGCAUUUUUUUUUCUUCAUCCAAGAGAUCAAAAGACUGGUUCAAUUGACAUUCUUCUCUAAGUUAUUUAUGCUAAAAGAUCUUGUUUAUAUUUCAGUGCAAUAAUAGCAAAGAAAUUUGAACAAAACUUUACCAUUGUUAAAGGCAUUAUUUUUUUCGCGUAAAAUUUGUGUUGGCGUUUGACGUUAAAAGUCGUUGGUAUUUCCUGUUUAACACUGUCCUAAUUGAAGGGCCGUGGCAUGUAAGCGGAUAAGCCCUUUAUCAGGGAACAAGUGAAAAACACUUUUUAGUGUAUCAAUAUUAACACAAACAUUUAAAUACUGUAACCUGUUGCUAUUGUACGCUCUGUUAAUAUACUUUUGUCACUUUUCUUUCAAAGAAAGGGCCGGGCGCGAUGAUAAAAUCACUUUGUUUUAAACUUCACCAAUAAUCUGCAGGUUAUUAGCUUCGCAUGUAUUCGCAGGAAUGAAAUGAAAAUGAAACAGAACUGUAUUCAAAAUUUUUCCCCUCGUGCAAAAUGUUCUGCUUGUUAAGUUAUGUUUUUUGUUUAGUUUAAUAUGGUAAUAUAUUUUCUGCAGUUUUGUGUUUAAUUGACCGAUGUCGUCGCUAGACGAUAGAAACAGAUACAUUCAAACUGAAGCAUCAGUUUUCUUCAAUUGGGCGAAACAUCAUUUAUUUCGGAAGAAAAACUCUAUAUCUUUGAAACAUUAAGAUCCCAAUGGGUCGAGCGAGUGAGCAUUUCUUGCUCUAAAACGAAGUUGAAAAUUUGUUAUUUGAUUUGAAUUCUGAACAAAUUAAUGCGACUGAAAUGAUUUAAAGCCCUAAGCUCGGAAACUGAAAGUAAAACGGACCAUAGUAAAAACGAUAACUUUGUUAAAAUUUUCUCUGUAGGUUGAAUGAAAAUUAUGAAGUAUCCGAGGGAGUUAGCUUGCCUCGGAGCGCUUUAUAUUCGCACUACUUAGACUUUUGCGAAAAGAACAACUUAUCUCCGGUGAAUGCUGCUAGUUUUGGGAAGGUAAGUAAAAGAGAGAAUUAUGUGUUAAUUUGAAGUUUGAAUAAAAAGAUCAGGUAUGUUUACAAAGGCGUUAAAUGUUCUUGGUAUUUAAUUCAAAUUUACAACAGAAUUCAAAGCUUCAGAUCUUCAAUAGCUCCGAUUUAAUCCGCACGUUUAAAACAACUCCUUAGAAUAGGUCCAACAUUGCAUCACUUAUCAGACAUCAUUCUGGUAAUGAAAUCUUCUGGGAGAAACAAAAAAAUAAUUAUAGACGCCCGGUCGCACAUUUCAGUUGAUCGGAUGCCUCGAUAACACCUGCCCGUGGGUGGUUUCACACACGACUUCCUCAGAAUAGGUAUCAUAUUGCAUACCCAUAAUGAGGACACAAUGAACUCAAAUUAGCAAACUGCGAAUAAAGGGGGAACUAUUCCUUUAAAACAUAUAAAAAGAAAACGGUCAUAGAACCAACUAAAGUAUCCCCGAGUCAAACCACUUAUUCAAUUUUCUUUCAGAUUAUUCGACAUACUUUUCCGAAUUUGAAAACUCGACGUCUUGGAACACGUGGUCAGUCAAAGUAAGUGCAACAAGUGACUACAUUUUCCUGCUAGUUUUGUAUUUUUUGUUUUUCAUUUACUACUUUGAGAAAAAAACACAGUUCUUUUGUACCGGUGAGAAUUCGCGUAAGAGACAAUAAGCUGAAAUCUAAUUGUUUUACAAUGCUGGGUUAUUCUGUUAAAAAAGUCAUCCUGGUGGUUGUUGUUGUUGUUGUGUCGGAAUAGACGAACCGUUUGUACGUUCUCAAGGACAUCUAUCGUUGUGUUGUCUUCCAUAAUUAUAGAAAUGAUCGGUCAGGUGUAAAUUCCGAGCGUUUAUCAUCCAGCAACAGCCAGUUGGUUUGAAUGUGUUACUCUCUUGAAAACAAGUUAUAUUUUUGGUUGGACUGUCUUUAGAAGCACAUGGUUACACAUUGUUGCGUAUUGUGUCGAUCUAAACGCGUUGUCAAUAUUCCAGUCAACUACUGAAUUUCAACACUUAAUGAAAAGCACAUUGUUAAAAAACACAACGCCAUCAAUUUGAAAUAAAGAAUUUGUAUAACGCUGCGAAGGGUUAUCAAAAUUGCAACAAAAACUUGUUGCACAAAAGGGCCCCCCACUUAAACUUCGUUGCCUGGUGUGGUCAAUAAAGUAUUAUAAACAGACUAAAUGUAUUGUUUUAAGAAAGCUAUGAUAGGUUUAAUAUGAGAAGUUUGCAAAAGUUAAACGUUCAACAAAGUACUGCGGGUGAUAUGCUAAACAAAGACUUAUAAAUUAAAACUACUUUAACAUCAUGUUUGUGUUAAAAUAACUCAGAUAUUGGUCACCUGAGUCCUUAAAUGUUGAACAGUAUCAAUAUAACGUUGGUAUAUUUUUACACGUGCGUUUUGCCUUUGAGAAGCAUAUAGUAAGUUGAAGACAAAAGGGCGUAAAAGAACGACACAUAUAAAAUAUUAACAGUUCAAUAAAAUACAAGAUCUCCAAAGCAACGAACAGGUGUUACAAGUGAACACGGUAAACAUGUUAUCGAAAUAUUUCUGUUUUUGUAAGACAUAGCAAACAGUCUGCCGUUUAGAAAAGAAUGCAGUAACGAGAACGCAAUUUAGCUAAAAACAGCGAUUAAGGUAGUUAAACUGGCCACUAAGUUAAGUGAAAUAUGAGACAAACUACUUAAAACAAUGAGGGAACAUUUUUAAAAAUAACCCCGUCAACAAAUAAAAUACAAUAGAUAGAAAACUCCGGGAGGUUGCGUUACGUAUCACAAACAAGAAGGAAUUAUUUAAUAUAUAUACAGCAUUCCCUUUCUUCCUUGUCUCCGACCUGAUUAUAACAUUGUAUGCUAUCCAUUAAAAGAUAAUAUAUAUCCAGUCGAGAAACCAAAUAUCAAGUGCUCUCCUGUGUUUGUCUGAAAUACCAUGGAAAAAGAAAAACAAAGUAAAUUCUGACUUUGCUCCCAUUAGAAAAUUUGAUCUGUACAAACCAUAUAAUAAUUUCUUAAUUGAUCAAACUUGUCGGUUAAGACUGGCUAGGCUGGAUAUCUUGAACGGACAAGCUUCGUCAAUAACUCAUGAUCACUAUAUGAUUGUAUCUAGGGAAACUGAGGCCAUAUUACAAAGGCAUGUGAUAAAAUUCACCCAAUUAAUUCAAAUGCAAUGGUACUUCUAUUCAGGGGACACCCUCGGGACCAAGGGAAGUGUCCCCUGAAUAGAGGAUGGCCUAGAGUUUUUUAAUAAUUAACCAACAAAUAAAAUAUCUCUCUUUUAUUCUGCCUCGAAAUCUACUGCAGUCAUUAUUUCAAGCAGCUAGAUAAUGUAUAACAAAUCAUGAUUAACGUAUCUCUGCGAUAUUGUGUGUUGAAUUCCCACAAGUGCGGUACAUCGAUUUAAGUGAGCCAGUUCAUGUUGUGAAAGCUGUCGUCAUUGUGACUAGUGUUUAAACUUAUCAAUGCCUUCUGUAUUCGGUCACUUUUUAAGUGCAAAGGUGUCCCCUGAAUGGAGAUUAAACCGGGGUUUCAGGACCCGGAAAAACUGUCCCUUUUACGCUGAAUAGAGGUGUCCCUUAAAUAGAGGUGAGAAAUGCAAAGAUUAGUGUGAAAAUUUUUCCGGAGACCAAAUUUUGUGCUCCCUGAAUGAUGGUGUCCUUUGAAUAGAGGUGUCCCAAAGGAGUGGUUCUACUGUACUUGGAAAAUGUUAAGGAGAACUUUAUAUUGAUACUGAGACUUUUAUUUCCAGGUACCACUACUACGGUAUCACCAUAAAGACAACUUCUCCCUACCACGAUACAGUCUGUAACGCAGCCAGACAGAGCAACACUGGGUAAGAACGAAUUAGUAACUCUCUUUUCUGGCUUCCAUACAUUUACUUGAACAUCAGUUUAGAGAAUUUGAGGUUAUAUCAAGAUAACAGCCCAGCCUCUGGCUGAUACAUUCACCUAUUCUCAUCACCUGUAUAUUGGACAAUGAAUUAAUAUUGUAUGGAGGAGUUACUUACCAAUUUUUUGCAAAUUUCUUAACCCCUUAAACCCCAAGAUCCACAUACCAAUUCUCUAGACUGAUCUCCAUUCAUUUCUUUUAAGAAUAGUUGAGAGAAUUUGGUUUAAGAUCAAAGUAUUAUGCCUUUGGUGAUCAAUUUAGUCAUUCUCAUACCCUUUACUCUUGAUGAUCUGCUGAUGUUGUUAGGAGAAAAUUGCUGUCGAUCACUCUUGGGCCCUAAAAGGUUAAGACGGGAAAAUAGGGGAGGGGUACGUUUAAAAACAAGCGUUUAAUUAACUAGCCUGUGUGUAAGGGGAAAGGGUAGCUGUACAUAAGCUAAUAAAUAGAGGGAAAUGAAGGUGUUACCUUUGCUCUGCAAAUGGCUAGACCUACACGUGGCUUGCAUGGCCAGGUAGAAAUGGCUUUUCCGGCUCCAGCAGGAGAGGUAAAAAAAGUGUCCUUUAAUGAUUGGCUCUUCUGUAAUAAAUAAAUUAGGGUUUUUUUGUCAUGAUAGUUGGAUAUUCAUUGUGAUCGCUUGGCUCUGUGUUAUUAGUUUCAGUCAAUCGUACAGCAAGAAUGAUGCGGAUGAAAGGUCUCACGGACCCGUGCUCCAUAAGGGAAGUCAAGGGAAUGGUGCCUACGUCGCGACAGCCCCAGGAGGAACUUUGCUCCCGGACUUUCCUAAGCCCAGCAAAUUGACCCUUCCUGAGAAAGUGCCACAUGAAAAGGCAAGUAGCUUUUGGGCAAAAAUUCGGAGCAAUUUUAUAAAAACAGAAAUUCAGACAGGAAUGACUAACACUAUAAAGAAUAAUAAAGCGUAUCAUGAAGUAUUUUCCUAAAGUGAAGUUUUACGACUUUAACAGCUGUAUUAAACUCCCCAAGCUGAGAACGAGUCGACCAGUUUUUUAACAAGUAAAAUAAAUUUUCCACAGGUGAAGACGUUUCUGAUCAUGUACCGGGCUCAUUGUCAGAGAAUCUUGGACACUAUUCUGAGGGCGAAUUUUGGAGAGGUAAGUAGGAUUGUUGAACGUUUUUCCCUCUUCCAUGUAUCAGUUCAAGCCUUCGAAUACUAAGAAUAAGCUUUCCUUAACAUUUCAUUUUGUCUCAGAAUCUAAAUUUAAUUAAAUUUCAAGUCUUUUUUUUCAUUUUCAGGUUCAGAACUUUUUAGUCCAUUUUUGGCAAGGAAUGCCCAGUCACAUGCUUGAAGUCCUAGGUUCUAAUGAAGUGGUAGAGUUGAUUGGUCAGUGCGAUACCAUCUUGUACAAGGCGAUAAGCGGUGUUCUCAUCCCAGGAACCCUUCAGCCUUUACCAGCAAGGUACUGAUUUUUUGUGUGAUAAUUUACUAUUAAUAUACUUUUCUGAUCGAAGGAUGGUAUCCCGAUACAGUUCUGGGCAGCUAUUAUUAAAAAAACCACAAGAAGGUAAUAGGCAAAAUUUCGGUGACAGGGAAACACUUGUGUCUAGGGGUAAAAGGACCAGGAGAGAAGCCCUCCUGGGGAAAACAAGAUCGAGUGCUAUGGGAGUAACCACCCUGGACAGAAGUCCUGACCAGUCUCCAGGUGUUGAAGCCUAUAUCCAUGCACUGGGAACUAAUGAAACCAGGAAAGAAGCCCUCCUGGGGGAGACAAGAUCGAGUGGCAGGUGGGGGGGUGGGGGACCACCAUAGCUUAUAAAGAGAUGUAUCGAAACAAAUGUUAUUUGUAUAAUAUUAUUGUAAUUACAGUUUGACUCAAGCAAUCCGCCAGUUUGCGCAGCAGCUUGACGAAUGGUUGACCGAGUCUUUGUCUCACUUGCCUGAACCAUUACAGAAGAAGAAACUGACUGGUAAAUAAAAAAUAGUAAUUAUUUAUCUUAACAUACUUGUUUUUACUUGCCUCACCACAGGGUCUGGAAGGGGGGCCGGGGGUGGGGGGAGGUCCUGAUCCCGCAGACCCGCUCUUUUUUCACGGGACUCCCGUAUCCCGAACUUCUGUCAUCGCUAUCCCGAGUAUCGUUUUCUUUCCCAAUCCCAUCAGCAUCCCUUGCCAAAUGUUGGCGAAUACCGCUUUCCUGGUAGCACUUGACCUUCCUGUCAACCUUGACCUUCUUUUAUCAUUGUUUCUAAGAAUUGCUUGCUUGUAUUUUCAGUUGCCAAGAGCUUUUCUCACUCACUCCGAAGACAAACGUCUCUAACACAUCUCGCACAGGUAUGAUGAUAGCCUUACAAAGUGUAGGGCUCUUAGACUAACUCUUAGACCACGAUAAAAGGUAAUACAGUGCAAACUAAAAAACUUUCCCCAAAAUAAACUAUUUAGAAGCAAAUCUAGACACCCACUGAUUGUCUUGAACCACGCUCUACGUUUGACAGACCAUUAUAUUAAAUAUCUAGAAAUGUAAUUUUCUUCGCUUCUUCGUGCUUUGCCAACAUUUUUUUUUAUCUAAAUAGUAGAGAUCGAAGCUAAGAUGCAAUGUGUCAUUUUUUGAAUACAAAUUCAAAAACUCUGCUAGAGUACAUUAAACUUUGAACUUCGUUAAAUGUCGUUUUCAAAAACUUAUAAAUGAUUAAUAUAGAAAAAUUCAAAAGAAAUUUAAUUUCAAUAGCUCCUCUACUUUUUAAACGGUUAAUACUUUAGGUCGAUUUCUCGGGAAAUUAUAAAAAUCUCAAGGAUUAAGCAAAAUAUAAAUAGCUAGAUCUAGAGGAAAGUCUCUGCAGCCGUUUGAUAAACUCUUAGUUCUUGUUUUGUCAAGAAGGUGAAGCCAAGUGUUUUUAACUUGAUAAAACACUCUUACUCGUUUUCUUAAUCAACAUAUUACUGACCGAGUCUGGGAAGUAAUACGGUUGAGUUAGAAUAAAUGAGUUAAAUUGCAUCUUGUUAAAGACAUAGCGUAAGUUUACGACUGAUUUGUUUGUUUGUUUUUGUUAACAGGCCGCGCGCACAGUACUGCACAGUGCAGAGCCGGUAUCACAAAUGUUGACUGACUGGAAACAGAUUGACUUUGAAGGCAUUUCCCGCCAGGCUUUGUGGACAUUCAGCCAAUCGAUCGCCGAGGAUUACGAACUGAUUAACGAACGUAAGUAUACGCCCCCAUAACUGGUUUGCCGCUUUAUUUUGGCUUGAUUGUAUCUCGGUGUUUUUAGAGUGUGCACAUGUGUUUUGUACCAUAUUAGAAGGUUGGUAGUUACGCCGUAAGAUAAUAAUUAAUUUUUUUAUAGUGCGUCGCAUACCAGUUUCAAGGUUGAGGCGUUAAAAGGAAUAAUUAAAUUAACAGUUAUGUUUAAUUUAAUAAAUCUUGUUUUCGAUUCAAAACAUUAGAAUUUGAUAUAGACUUCGUAACACAGUUAACUUUGGAAUUUCGAAAAGAAUAAUAACAUAAUAUUAGGGGCUUUGGGCAGUUAGACUCUAGUUACAAUGAAGGAACAUUAACGAUUUCAUACUUUACAACUCUGUCAGCAAACGCAAAGUUUCAAACUGAAGUGUUCAUCUACGUGAGAUCUUGAAUUGCUUCGUUUUGUAAUUGUUUUCAGAUUUCAAAGAGUUUACCCAGCUUCUGGAACAGCAAGCCACCAUUGACCAGUACGCUGAAUGGGCUGCUAAUCUUGUCAACCGAUGCAUCGCAAAAGUAAGAAGGAUUUUAUUCUAAAGAAUAGACUAUGUUAAAUGAGUUCCAUUCUAGUUGUUUGGACCAGAACCCUACGCGGUAGAUUCUCGAUCCCCCUUGAAACUAGACUUGUAAUGUAACGAUCCUACCCGGGACAUUUUGUUGUGUUAGUGUUAUGGGGUACAUGCACGUCCUUUUUGCUCUCGAGGAAAAUUGUUGUCAGAGGUCUUUAAGAUUUGGUCGCACGACAGAAUAAUUGUAAAGCGUCAACCUCAUCCACUUGUCAUAUAUAAUCCACGCACUGUUUGGAAUUUCCGUAAGUCCAAGUUUAUCAUUAUCCACACUUGUUCCAAAUCCAAUUGCAGUAAAGGAAUUUAAAUUGAUAUUCAACUACAAAGGAAAAUGAAUAGAAAGAACAUGAAAUUUACUUUUAACAGAACAAAAAUGUGAGGAGGAUAAAGAAGGGACAAAAACCGACCUUCCUUUUAGUUUCCAUUCCUUUUAAACGUUUACGAAAGACACGGUUCGUACAACUUCAGAAAGGCAAACAAAUUUCAAGGACUUUUCAAGAACAUUUUAAAGACAAAUUACAGUUUUCAAGAGCUAAGAUUUAUUCAAUAAAUCAGCGUUCUUUAAUCCCCUUUUGAACACCUUAUUGGCUAAAACACGUCAUGAAGUCAUUUACGAUUUUCAAUUCUUCAGCCAUGGUUGAUCACAUUAUUUUCUACUACUUUCCGCAAAAACGGUUUGGAAAAUGACUGGAUAUGAACUGCAAUUGUAUCUGAGGUACAGAAAUAGCAAAUAAAGAAACAGAAGUAAGAUAUUGCUCAUGCAUAAAAAUUUUUUUUUUUACAAGGUACUUAAUUUCAAGAAUUUUUCAAGACCUAAUAAAGAAAUGAAGUACUUUUCAAGGACCUUAAGACCUUUUCAAGAUUGUACGAACCAUGCAUGGACAUAGCAAAAUCUCGAAAUGACCGUUUAUUUUUACUGAACCCAAUACAAGUCCAAGCCACUAGAACCACUACACUCUGAGUGCAUUUUUCAUCACUGACAAUUCACUUUUUUUCUCAUGUAGCAAGUGGAGAAGACAGGUAAAACUUACAAAGAAUGCUCACGGGAUUUCCUGCUCAAGUGGUCGUUCUUCAGCAUUAAGAUUGUUCGUGAGCUGACACUGCACAGUGCGCACAGUUUUGGUAAGUAAUCCUUUUUUAAAAUAUAUAAUCUCACCUUUCAAUCAAGUUACCGUACGUAAGCUACUUGUCAAUAGAAUAAAGAAUGAGAGUUUCUAAUGAAGCAUUUAAACAAUUCUUUUGAUUGUCUCUUACUGCAAUUCAUUGGAGUGGCUUAAAAGGGGUACACACUUUCGAUAAAUAAGAGCUGAGACGCGGAAAAAAGAAAAAAUUAAGAAAUCCUCUUAUGCUCGCACGAAUGUUCCCGAUCCGGAUUCCGGCAAAAGUCACUUACUUACAGUUGUGAUAUGUUCGUGACUGAAAUCCUGGAUACUCUCGGCUUUCUUUUACUAUCUUUUUCCACACUAUAGUUCCGUCUGUCGCACGCGGCAGCUUUUUACCAAUUCGCCAGAAUUGAGCUUAGAAAGAAACUAGGGUCAAAACUAUAUUGGCCACCUUCAAUUUACCAAAUGCUUGCUCAGCCAUUCGUUCUUGUCUAUAUUAAUUAAAUGGCUGUACUAAUUAAAUCAGAAAAGCCAUUUAGUUUUAAUAGUUUUCUACACCUUUCUUUGUGUUAUUACAGGCUCGUUUCAUCUACUGCACAUGCUCCUUGAGGAUUACAUUCUGUACACCGUUGAGAACCACAACAACGCAGACGAACAGUCGGUCCAGUCCUCUGACGGUGAAAGUAAAGAGAUGAACUUUAUGGAAGGUUGGUGCUUUAUUUUGACGAACAACUUAGCCCCAAUUAAAUAAACAAUUCGUGGAUUUUUAUUUGCAACCCCUCCCCGCCUCACCCCGUCAAAUAAAAAAACCCACCUCUACAGCACAGCAAACGACACCGACGGAAAAAAAGUUCAGUAUAUUUUUAUCCGAUUGGUCACACCUUUGAAGUUAAACCACUGGCUAUCAAGGCUAUCAGGGGUCUUUAUGUGACUCGCCUUUUAUAACAUAAAAAAACACCGUGAUUAGGAGGCUGUGAUCAGUGGCGUUGAUUUGUUUCGUCCCAGUUAUAGAAACACUGUUUAACACAGCUAUAUAUUUUUUUUUAUCUCAAAACUAGUCAAGGAAGACAUGGAGAUUGACGUGGUAGGACCAAGGCCUACUCAUGUAAAUGUUCGUAAGUCUACAUCCAGGAGACACUCCAGCUCUUCUUCAAUGGGAUCUCUAAGAAGCCCUCGUGAUCCGACCCCUCAAAGAAGCCCCGCACAGGUGGCUAUGAUGCGACCCUCGUAUCACGAUUUGUCCCCACAUCCCAUGACCCCGAUGACGCCAACCACACCCACAAAUAAUAACAACAACAACAAUAUGAGUAAAUACUCUAUGCUAUCAUCCGAGCAAGGGCACUUCUUGUACCCUCCCCCAGGGGAUUAUGGAGCGCGAUUUGGCUACUCCACCUCUCAGGGUAGCCUAAUGUCUUCUAUGGGCCAUGGAAACAGCUAUGCUGCGGCGGGUGCCAGUGAGACUGGAAUUAACUUGGGAGAUUUUGACAUGACAAGCAGCUACGCGACAGAAGGAUCCGGGUACUCUGCCGUGCGUUCCAAAACCAGUAUUCCGGACUCAAGCUACACGAUGAUGACUCCCGCAGCCAACAUGACGGCUUACGACUACAGAGGGAUCUCGCCAAUGGAUCAGUUGAAGCAGUAUUCUCAGUACCCUUUAACAGAUCGAAGCUACCCUUCCUCUUACAUGUUUUCUCCAGGCGCCAUGUCGUCAAAUGCUAUGUAUCCCCUGUCUGGGGUCAGCGGAGGCUCCAAUGAGAGAUAUUACCCAGAUGUACUGGAAGAAUUCGUGGAUAUGCAAGCCGCAAUGCACCAUGGGAUUCCAACACGGCCCGUGAGAUCAGAUUAUAGUUACACACCCGCAAUCUUGAGUAAUUAGAAACUUACUAAAGUGGGGUGAAAAAAACCCUGAAAAAUGUCAAGUCCUUGUAAAGAUUAUAAUUAUAGAUGUUCCGAGUGUAGAAAAUAGUCUAUUUAUUAUCUUUAAUCUGAAUUGGCGUCCAUUUUUUUGCGACUAGAUGCAUUGAAAAUAUAGUAUUUAGAGUCACGUUAAAAUCGGCAGUCGAAGUAUAUUUUCCGACUUAAAAACUUGCAUACUGUCGCUCUCAGGUUAAUGUUAUCAUUGAAAUACUGUAGAUAGAAUUAAAAUGGGUAAAGUAGCGAUAAAUUUUGGCAUAUAAUUUAAAUUAUUUGGGAUAAUAAAUUAAAUAAUGCUAAAUGUAAAAAGAUUUUAUACAUGAUAAGAAUAUGCUUUAUUAAAAUGCGCUCGGAAAGAAUCAGCCGGUUUGUCUAUUAACAUUGUAAGAAUUUUAAGUCAAAGCGCUUAGUCUCCAAGAGUAAUUAUAUUUAAAUUUGGUAUGGGCCAUCUCGAGAUUUCGCGAGAGAUUGGGUCGUUACCGUGUCGAAUUGCACAAUAGAACCCUUUUGGGGACGCUACCGCUUCUUUUAUUGGUUAUUACGAAGUUGCAAGGGUAGCUGGGUCAAAAUUCGUCGAUCAAAACAGUCCCAUAAUGCAAUUCGCCGCAACACGGCCCCAGAUUACCCGCAGCUUUAAUCGAUAUCUCGAUUGAGUACAGUGCAUUUGUAUCGGAGACUUGUUGUUGAAGCCUGCUCAUCACUUUCCCGCGCUUAUUGCAGUUACGAGCUUCCUCGCGCUUGCUGUAAUAUUCCUUUGUUACAGGAACGCAGUUCAUUGUACUUUUUACUCGGAUUGGUAUUUUAUGAAUGCUUCAAGUUGUAAAAAAAAAAUCAUAUCUAACGGGAUUAUUCAGUAUUGUAAAUUAACGAGAAAAACGCAAAACUCUUUGUUAUGGCACUUAUUAAAAUAGAAAUUCUUACCUGUCGCGAAGUCUUGUACACGAAGUCUUGCAUGCGUAAUCAGUUCUUGUUUUGCAAAAAAGAUGCUUUCCAAAAUACGGAUUUUUCUCGCCUUAAAAUGUCAGCCUAAGGGGAAAAAAAUUAACGCAGCAUAUUUGUAAAGAUUUUCCAAGUUUCAGCCGACGAGGGAAUGGAUAAAUAAAGUAAAAUUGUCGGGUUUUCAACUCAAAAACUUUUUCAAGUUCGUGCUUGCGUGAUUAGCGCGAAAAGCAAAACAACUUGACAUCAAAACCAUGUUUACAUACUCUCAUGCAAUCACGCCUCUCGGCCAAUAAGAACGCGCGUACUAUCUUAGUUAUUUUAUAGGUAAGGUUACUUUUAGUGUAAUUGCGCAGAGAUAGAAGGGAUUAUAUCUACAUUAUACAAGGAUAAUCUACAGUAAUUUGU